AUGGCUGAAAAUAUCAAUGAUACAACAGAUGGCCUCAUAGAUAAAAUUAUUUUAUGGUUUUACAAGAACGAUGUGGAUGUGUCUCCGAACACGGUAACCAGUAGUUCAAACUCAUCGGAAUGGACUAAGUUUCGCGAUAUAGAAAUAGAAAUUAUUGAAGAAGCUUAUCAGGAAAGUAAAGUAGAUGUUUUAUUGGACAAGCAUCGCAUUGAUUUGAAGAACUUAAUACAAAUACGACUAGACGACAACAAACAACAGGGAUCGGUCAAACGAGAGAUAGUUUCCAGUAGAACAAAAUGUCUCCGUCAAGGUCGAUUUUCAGGAGCUUCUGUCAUAACAUCGGAGGCGAUAUCAUCAACUACAUAUGGUACUUUUGACUCAUGGUGUCCAUUUAUGCGUAGUUGGCUGAUGUCAUCUGCAGGGAAGCGAGCCUGGCUUCACCUUCCCUCAUGUAUCGAAGCAUGUGCUCAAGGUAUUAUACAAGAAGCACUUCAGCAUGAUAGUAAUAGCAAUGCUGAGGCAGCAUUCAUGGCGAAAAGAAUUCGUCAAUGCGUAGGACAACCUCGAUUAGCAGUAUCUAGGCUUUGCAUUCGUUUUUAUACAAAAGACAGCUUUCUUUAUGACGUGCUCAAUAAAGCAUUACGAGAAUUAGACCUUUCAAAAUUAGAAACAUUAGGUCCACUGGGUUACCUCAUUAGUGCAUAUUCACGGGACGCUCAAGAGUUUGUUGGUACAGUCUAUCGAGGAGUGGAACUGAAGUAUACUGAAAUUGAGCAGUAUAAGUGUGCAAUAGGAAUGUGGAAAACAUGGCCUGCCUACACUUCGACAAGCAAGAAUCGUAAAAUGGCAGAAUUUUAUGGAAACACUCUAUUCGUCAUUGAAAUUACUGAUAACAAGCUGUCUGCCCCUCGUACGUUCGAUAUUAGUAACAUUUCAAGCUUCCCAGAAGAGGAAGAGGUUCUCCUACCGGCAGGAGCUUGCUUCCAGAUUAUUAAUGUUACUCAAAAUCGUGAACAAAAAUAUAUUAUCGAUAUUCAAAUUUGA